AUGAUUGUUGGUGGUGUUCUUGAGCCAAUAAAAGAUUAUUUCGGUACUGUUGAAAAUCAGGGACGAGGUUCUCUCCAUCUCCAUCUCCUCAUUUGGCUGGAUCAUGACAUGAAGCCAGUUGAUAUGAAAAAAAACAUUCGGAAUACUGACUUUCGUGAAAAAUUAAAAGCAUAUUUAGAAGACAUUAUCAAAGAAGAUUUAGACCAAUUUAAAGACGAAUAUGUAUUUGAGAAUUUCGACGUGGCAAAUACAUGGAGCACUCCAUCGCGAUUAACACGAGAUAAUAUACAUGCGGUCAUAAGUACCAUGGCACCGAUGAAAGAAUUAUCUUCUUCAUCAAUUUUUCAUGCUUCUCCAUCGGCAAAUAAAUUGUUACGAACACUAACGCAUGAUCGAUUGAAAUCUGGUAAGAAAUAGUUGCCCUGAAAACUGACAAAAUAGGAAUCAUGUUUUAGUUACAAAUGCUUCACAUAAUGCAUCAGAAUGAAUUCCAGAUUGCUUGCCUACUCCUAAUCCAUCAUCGCCUGAUUUUGCAGCACGAUUUCAUGCAGAUGUAGUGGAACUCGUUGAAGCAAACAACAUUCACAAACACAGUGAUACCUGCCUCGACAAUCGAUCCUGAUACUGGUCAUAUUUCUAUGCGACGAUCCGAUCCAUGGAUCAGCAAUUUUAAUGAAUAUCUCAUCACAGCUUGCCGUUCGAACAUGGAUAUUAAGUUUAUUUGGAGUGGCAGCGAUGCAAAGGCUCUUGUUUAUUAUAUUACUGAUUAUGUAACAAAAAUGAGCCUGUCUUUUCAUGAUACAUUUGCUCUUGUACAGAAAAGCAUUACAUCACUCAAGACUUCAUCGAAUCAGACAGACACGGAAAAUGCAAUUGAGAAGUCACGCAAACUCGUUUCACGCUGUUACCACACCCUUGCUUCUCAACAGGAGCUAUCUGGAGUUCAAGUUGCUUCUUACCUUAUGAACUGGAAUGAUCAUUACACAACGCACAAAUUUGAAGGU